GAGAAAAGGAGCCGCGCGAGUCUUGCAAGUCUCCUAGGCGGCCUCUGCAGCUUUUCUCCUCCUCGGCUGUACGUACAGCCGUCGCGGAUCCUUGAAAACGGGAGAAAGAUCUGCACUUUCCGUGGACCAAAGUCGAGCGAGACUCCAAGGCAGAGAGGCGAAAGAGAAGGAACUUCGACUCUUUUCCUCUCGGAAAGGAAGCGAACGAUACGGGUGCUCUCAGACGAAUUCGAGGCAGCGGGUACCCCGCUCCGAGACUCAGCUGUAUGUACACGUGGCGUUGGAGAGAGAGGGAGGAAACGCGACACCGGCGAACUCUGUUGCACUUUUCUGCUUCUUUCGUCUUCCUCGCAAGUCGCUGUUUCCUCGAGCCCUUCUAGAAAAGGGUGAGGAAAGUGGCCUGCGAGAAAGACCCCCCUCUCUUCUCUGAGCCUGAUGUUAGACGUGACCGCUUCUGCCUUUUCUUUCUUCGCCUUUGCAUCUUUCUGCCUCCCGCACAUUUUGUGAAGUCCGUCCAUUCAAGGUUGUCCUGUCGAGCGCGUCUCCAGCGAUCACGCCCUGUCGCAGCACACGCCUUCCUUUUCGUCUCGUCUCUCCGCCUCUCUUCCGUUCUUCUUCUCUUACCCCCUUUCUGUUGCUCCUGUCUUCUGUCGGAAUUUCGUUUCUUCUCUCUCCGUCUCCUUGCUCUUCGCGUGGUCGAUCUCCAUUCGCGGUUUCACUUUUGUCACAACUUUCCUGUGUUUUUCCCAAAAAAAGGCCUUGUAAACCGACGAGGGUGAACACUGCUCCCUCUCUACACCCACACAAAGUCGGUUAUCUGUACGCGUCUACACAUCAAUACAUUUGUAUACAUAUACAUAUGUAUACAUAUACAUGUAGGUACAUGAACAAGUCUAGAUGCGAGUCGGCGUAUGGUGUUGUCUCUUCUGUGGUGCAUUUGCGGCGCAACGGAAUGCGGUUUUGAGAUAUGUAAUCUACGGAUCCGUUUACGUUUUUUCGAAGAAGAUGCGACGUCACAAUGCAUGCAAAGUCUGCGAAUGCGUCUCCCCUCUUCUUGAGGCUGCUUCUGUUUUUCCCUGCCGUUGAGGGCUCUCUUCGGUUCUUCACGCGUCGCCUCGCCUUGUGGUUUUCGCUUGCUGUCCUCGUCUUUUGGACCCUCCUAGGUCGCGCAGGAACUCUCGCAUCUUCGUCUUCCGCGUCUCUGCCGCCCUCGAUCUCUUCUCUCUCUUCGUCCUUCUCUUCACUAUCGUCUUCCUUCUCUUCACUCGCUUCUUCCUUCCCUUCUCUUCCACCCUCUUUCUCUUCUCUCUUUGCGGGUGUCCACAUGCGGUCUGGCUUGACAAAGAAGGCUGCCAACUUGUCGCCGGUCUCCUCGCCACACAAGUCAGAAUCGGUCUCCAGGUCCAUUUCUUCCUCCGUUUCCUGGGGUUCCCUGUCCCCCAAUUCUGCUCUCUCGACCUUCCCGCCUCUCUCUGCUCCUUUGUCUCGCUCUUCCGCCGCUUCUCUCUCUUCUUCUUCGUCUGUCUUUUUGACCUCUUUAUCUCUGUCGACAAGUGUGUCAGUCUCGUCUCCCACGUCGCCUUCUUCGCGCCUCUUGCCAGACCGUGGGGACGUUUAUAUGGGAGAAAUGUUCUCUGCUGUUCGCCGGCUGGCAGCAUCUGAGGAUGUCCCCUCGACACAAAAAGAAACUUCAGAUAACGGUGCCGAUGAAAGCUCCCGCAGUCCUGCCACCCCCUCUCUUGACACGAGUGCAAUAAGCGACGGAAAUAGAGGUGCCCACGAGAGCCAUCAGAAAACAAAUUCUCCUCUCUCAUCUGCCUCUUCUUCCUCUCCUUCAUCUGCCUCUCCUUCCUCUGUUUUCGCUGCUUCGUCUGCGUCGUCUGCUUUUUCCGCUCCGCUUCCCUCGUCUUCUGCUCCUUCCUCGGCUUUUGGACGCGUGGAGGCGAGAGAGAAACUUCCUGGUGGAGCGUCUGGAUCUCUGUCUGCGUCAUCAGAGACACCCGCAAGUCCUUCGGGGCUGCGCGACCGCCAGUGCGACGACGGGGGCUCCGAGCGUUGCCGCACGCGCCUAACAGAGACGACGGAGGACCGGGCCGAACAGAGACGGGCAGCGACUCUGGAAGAAGCAAGAGAACGAGAAGAGACUGCAAGAGAAGGAGGAAACCCAGGAGACACCGAGGACACGCAGACGGAGGUGAGCGCCCGGAAGGCGACAGAGAUCCAAGUCGUAGAGAGUGACGAGGAGCAGCACCCCGCAGAAGCGAAAGAGGAAACAGGCGAGAAGAAGGAGACAAAGGGGACGGUGGCUCCUGAAUCACAGAGUGAAAAAGGGGAAGUCGGUGAGGAAACGCGGAACGCGUCUGGGGUCGAGGAGCCUCCGAACCGCGACACGGACGCGAGACGAGACAGCGACGAUCGCCGGGGAAGAGAAGAGAGAAGGGAAGAGUCGCGUUCGAAGGACGCAGAGGCGCCGCUCCUACGAGAAGAUGCCGACGCCGAAAGAGAAGCGAAACGCGGCUUUCACGCCCGGACCGCGAAGGACACAGAGUCCGAUACCGACAGCGAGGCAGAGCGAGCAGACGACAGAGAAGGAGAGCGCGGACGGGAGGCCCAACGAGGUGUCGAAUCGGAAAACAAAAGUGAGGGAGGGAACGACCGCGAACUCCAGAAAGUCACCACACGACGCUCAGAAGUCAAGUCCCCAGACGACCCUCUCGAGACCGACAGCGAGCGCGAGGCGAGUGCUGCCCUACCCGCGAGGGAGGCGACACCCCGCGCGGUCACAGCGGCGACAGCUGCCGAACGCAUCGGAUCGGCGGUCUCGCCAGACAAGGCUGUCGAGGCACCAGAUGUCUCCGAAGCUGUGCCACAGUCUCCCGAGCGUCUGCAGAAAGAGGCAGUGCACCGGAGCAAAGUCCGCGGACGCCAGGCGACUUCCGAAGAGACAGUGAGCUCCAGCGGGCAGCGCGAGGAGAACGCCCAGCGUUUUGAGGAACUUCAACCUCGCCCGGAGUUCAACCUGGUUCCUUCUGCCUUGUUCUCCUCGUUCGUCACCUUCUUCUCGUCUUUGUCUGUCUCGUCUGUCGUGUCUUCCUUCUUCUCGCCCGUGUUCCCAGCGAGGACACCGCCGAGUCAUUUCCUGGCGUCGCUUCUCUACGUGUUGCCGGACAGCAUGCACCAUGCGGCAGGCCCAACGGAGAACGCAGAAGUGCUCUUGGAGGAGGAGGAAGUCGUUCUCUCUGGUGACCCUGGAGAGGCAGACCAGGCGCUCUUUGCGCAAAAGCAGCGAGGAGAUGAGAACGCUCACGCGGGCUCUCUGCGUGAGGCGAAGGCGAACGGAGGGCAGGCGUUUAGAGACGGCGACGCGCUGAAAAGCUCUUCGGCUGGAGGCCGCGGAGAAGCCGCUGGAACGCAGGCGAGGGGGACCCCGCCCUGGGGUCUACACUUUGCAGAAACCUUCGAAGGCGAAAUGAUUUGCUUUCAGUGGAACGUCUUCAACGGUGCCUUCUCCCUCGCCCUCGCCUACCUCUGCUCGCCGUUGUACCGUCACGGCGGCUUCGGCCUCGCUUCGUCGGCCGCCCACGCGGGUGUGUCGACACUUGGGCGCAUGGGACCGCUCACGCCGGGGCCCGAGGGGUCUGUACACUCGUCGGCGGCUGGGCCGUUCCCACAGGUCGCCCACGCGGUCUCUGGGGCGGUUUCUUGGCUUUGCUCUCGCCUGUGUUGCGGCGGCGCCGCGAGUCUGUUCCAGAGCCUCAAGCGGCUUUUCGCCGGCUCCGGCGCCUCGGCCCUUCCCGAAUCUCCUCUCCCGCUUCCCUCCUUCGCUUCCUCGCCUUCGCGGUCGCCCUCGCUCUCCUCGUCGGCUCCGAUCGACUUUGCCCAGGCGCAGGCCUUCCCCGUCUCGGCCUUCUCGCCCUUCGAGGCGGUGACGCCCGCGCUCGGGUCCGAGCUCCCCGGAGGCUCAGGAGGAGCGGGGCGCAGGCCCUCGGGUGUCGCCUUCGACGAUUGCUCGCUCUUCGCGCGAAGAGCGAGUUGUGGGGAAGCCGGCGGAGACAGCGAGAGGGCGAACGCGCGCGGCUUCACCUUCGGGGCUCGCCCGGGCCUCGAGGGCGUCGGCAACCUACCGCUGCGCUCCACCUGGCGCCUCGCCUGUCUCUCUGCACAGGCCCUGCAGUCUUCUUCCGCCGUCCUACAGUCGUUCGGGUGCACGUACACCUCGCCGGCUUCGACCUUCGUCGGCUGGAUCCUUGCCACCCUCAGCGUGACAACGUCCUUCCUCCACCCCAUGCUCUCUCUGUUCAGCAACUGCGUCUCUGCUGCCUACGACGUCUACGCACUCAUGUGGUAGAGCCCGACGUGUCUCCGAAAACGGCACGUGAGGUGUCCUGAAAAACGUCAUUUCAUGUGGAUAUCUGUGAUCACGGUUGCAAGCAAGAAACAUGCAGAUGCGUGUGCACUGCAGGUCCUUGGGGACGAAUUCACCUUUCCGACACGCUGACUUCCUUCUGCUUUACACGCCAACGUAUACAUCGGCCUGUAGCGUGGCUAUCCGCAUUUGCUUGGAGUCACUUUCCCAUAGCCUGUCACACGGACCUGCGGGGCUAGACGCGGAGCGAAGCGAGAGACUACGCUUUUCUGAAAACAACGAAGCAUCUGUAGAGUACUCGCCGCGCUUCAGGAUCUGACACACCGCCGACGAAUCAAGGGACUCAAUUUGAGCUUUGAGCGGCAGUAGAAACAUAUGUACAGAUGCAUAGAGAUAUAUAUAUCUAUAUAUAUGUAUACGCACCGGUCUGCACAUGCGGUACAGACAUAGCGUAUACACAGUUGUGGAUGCCUACGCGCAUUUAUCUGUUUCUCGGCUCGUCUACCCUUCAAAGGUCGAGACACUCGCACCAGGAAGGAACUGCCAUGUAUUGAGAUGCAUGCAUGCAAUGAAAUGCAUUCACAUAUCUGAUUAAAUAUAUAUAUAUAUAUAUAUAUUCAGUUUCAGUGGCCGACUGAAGGUUGGUGUGGACGCGUGGAGUGGUUGUGCGCGGCAUUGAGGAAGAUUCAGUAAUCGAAGGGGUUUGUCAGGGAAGAGAGGUUUUAUUUUUUUUACCGUUUCGUUGUAACGCCGGAUCUCAGUGGCCCUCGCUUUCCGUGUCCUCCCAGAUUGAAAGAUCCGAGAUGCAUUUCCAGUUCUGUUCCUCUCCAGCUACAUUUUGGCAUCUCGAUUUUUCUCUCUCUCUACGCGUUCGAUCUUUCACCACGUAGUUAUCCAUGUUCUUCUCUGUCUCUUUCGCUGGCUCUUCUCCCUGUGGCUCUUCUCCCUGUCACUUCCCUUUGUCUCUUCUCUAACUCUUUACAACUAUCUUGUGCACUUCACUCUCCUCGCUUUGAUUUCCCUUUCUACGCCUUCCCCCGUUUUCUCAGCUUUUUCUUUCUCUCAUGUCUUUCCUGAUUCUUCUGUCGCGCGGCUUGCACACGCCCAGGUGCUGUGUCGAUCGCAGAGCGGAGUGGAGUCCUGUAGACACCGCGAAGCCCAAUCUCGAAACUUGAAGGUCCACCUG